GUGUGCAACCUUGCUUCUAUUUCUCUUUCGGCUUUUGUGGUCAAUGGAGUUUUCGACUAUGGUUUAUUAGAGUAUAUUGUGGGUGUCAUCGUCAAAAAUCUAAAUCGAGUGAUUGACAUAAACCACUAUCCAAUCCCCGAGGCGAAAUUGUCAAACUUAAGACACCGGCCGAUCGGGAUUGGUGUACAAGGACUAGCUGACUGCUUUUGCAUGCUAAGAUACCCAUUUGAUAGCGAAGAAGCCAGAGAAGUAAAUAUUAAUAUAUUUGAAACAAUCUACUAUUCCGCACUGAAAAAAAGUUGUCUCCUUGCUCAAGAAUAUGGGCCAUAUGAGUCAUAUCCCGGGUCACCAAUAAGUCAAGGAAUACUGCAGCAUGACAUGUGGGGUGUUUCUGAUAGUUCUCGUCAUGAUUGGGCUGCCCUCCGAGCGGAUAUUGCUAAGUAUGGAGUGAGGAAUUCUCUUCUUAUCGCACCAAUGCCAACGGCAACGACUGCUCAAAUUUUUGGAAAUAACGAGUCGAUUGAGCCUUUUACUAGCAAUUUUUACACUCGUCGUGUUCUGUCGGGGGAGUUCCAAGUUGUCAAUAAGUAUCUCCUCAAGGAUCUCGUCGAUGCCGGUCUGUGGAAUGACGACAUGAAAAAUGUUUUAUUACACUUUAAUGGGUCUGUACAGGUUGGGUUUUUUGUGUUUUUUAAUUUAGAACAUUUCAUCGAUUCCCGAAGAACUCAAAAAUUUGUAUAA